UGAUAUUUUGACUGUAGUGCGCAGGCGCAGAGUACAGGACUCGCUUCUGCCUGUGAGUUUUCUUUAUCAACUCCGACUCAGACAGAUGGGACUGUCUGUGUUGUAGCCUUCGUAUUGAAUGUGUGUGGAUUUAUUUUUUUACUGCCAACGUCAUUAGUUCUUCCCAUAACGACAGGGGGCGCUGUGUAAACCACUCAUCAUAAGAAAAGUCUUAUCUGACCGUUCACCCGGAAGUAGCUCUUCUCAGGAACCACACGUUGAUGAACAGAAGUGUCGCCUCAGAAAUGGAGCUCAGCGCGGAGAAGACGAGUUCACAGGCUCUGCUGUCGUGCGGAAAGGGAGCAGGUCUCAGUGAGAAGCUUCUCCUCAAGCCAAGGGCCGGCACAUCCCUGCACACAGAGAGAGUCCCGAGAAGCAGUGUGUUGGAGCGGCUGCAGAGCUUCCUGCCUCAGAUGGCUGAAGCCAACGAGAAGCUGAAGCAGCAGAUGGAGGAGGCCCCUGUCGGACACUUUGACAUAGAGAGCGUGGAGAAUGCACAGAGGGUCAUAGAGAUGGAUGUGGCUCUGGUGGAGCUCAGCGGGUCGGACACCGACUCUGAAGAGGAAGAAGAUUCAUCGAACUCUGAGGAGUCGGACUCUGAUGAAGAGCAUGAGAUCACUGAGCAGAACCUUAAACUACCUAGAGACAAAGGCAGGCAGAAGAAAGCCAACAUCCAGGUUCUGAACGUGCAGGUGGAGUAGACGAGUCAGGCGGACAGACGUUUGGCUUGGAAUCGAGUUAUUUUCCCUCCUGAGGUAAUGUGCGUGUGACAGGAUAUCUGCCUCAGGAGUAUUUCAAGCUGCUUCAUGGACACAGAAAUGUUAAACAGAAAAGUCCUGCGUGGAGGCCAACCAGUCAUCGGAGAGAGAGAAAGGAAUGAGCUUUGGAGCCAGAGGAUAUUGUGAUCACCUUGUCCAGUCUGUGUCCUUUUAUUUUACAUGCAACAUUUAGGCAAAACAUGUCAUAUGAAUUCAAGCACAGUCGAGAGGAAAGCCUGUGCACUGUUCACACUCUGCUACAUUCAGAUUAAACCUAACAUGUUAGCCUCUUAAAAUAAUCCUGAUAACACUGAGUUAAAACUUUCUCAUUGUGUUGCAAACCAAACUCAGUACUGGUAAGAAUCCUCAUCGCUCCCUGGAACAGCCCGGCUUCCGCUCGUCAUGGACUCGUUCUCCACAAGUUCUGCUUUGUCCACAAGAGCAGCUCACAGUGGCUGAACACUGGUGCUGGUCACUUAAGUUCACCGGAAGCAGCUCGAGCUGGCGUUGACUUUGUGUCUUGGAUCAUCAUCAUGCCUAAAGAUGUGGCCAGAAAGGGAAGAACAUGGUCGGCAACAAAAUACUCCCCACACCAGUACACCAGCAGCUGAUUGGCUCCACUGAUUCAUGCUGCUGACGAGCAUCUGCAGCCUCAGCAGAAAUCCAGUCGAUCACUCUGAGACACUGAUGCGUUGACCUCACAGGCGAGAGCUACUUUGUCUGAAAAUCCUCCUCACUCUGUAAUGAAGUGGGCGUUUUCUCAUCUAAUCUUCUGCUCUCCUGGUAACUGCCUCCUUUAAAAGACCGUUUUUCAGACAUGGUGGCAGGAUCAUGGAUUCAAACUGCCAACAAAACCUCUCGAAGACAAUAAUGUGAAAUCUGUCCCACAAUCCCCUUCUCUCUUGAUUGUUCAGGCUUUGAGCUCCCAGAAUCUCUCUGUUAGAGAGGUUCUGUUAGAUGUGUUCUGUUUCUACUGUAGCAGACACGUUUGUGUAAACCCAGUCCAAUUGUAGAGCAACACAAUACUCAUAUGUUUGAUUAACACAAAAUGAACAUUCUAACCUUUAUAACUGUUGCAUUUCAUCUCAUUCUCGCAGUGUUGUUUCACCAACAGGAACAACUGUACUAUGUGAACCUCAUUCAUACUUUAUGUACGCUGAAUUGUGAGCUGCAUUUCUGAUUUUGACCAAAAGUUAUUUUAGAUUUAGGUAUUUAAUAGAUUAAUUCAUGCAUCAGGGUUACUUGUAUAUCACAUACUGUAUAUUAUGUGCAGGAAUAUAAUGGAAUGUCUGUAAAGUUUCUGUGCAUGAAAUGUGCUUAUGCAUUCACAUAUGAAAAGUGAGCAAAUAUAAUUUACCCUUUACUAAUGCAGACAUUUGUUUUUAUUAUUUUGCAUUAAAAACAAAACAAAAUGCCAAUCAAA